CCUUACAAACUAGACUUGUAGAUUAAAAUUACCUGAUCAAAAAGACAGUCUCAACAAGUUUUCUUAAGACCUACUUUGGCAUACAGACUGACCCAGCAAAAGAUCUGAGCACACAGCCUGAGAUGGAAGGCAGUAACUGCAAAGUUAUUGCUCCUCUCCUAAGUCAGAGAUACCGGAGGAUGGUCACCAAGGAUGGCCACAGCACACUUCAGAUGGAUGGUGCGCAGAGAGGCCUUGCCUACCUCCGAGACGCGUGGGGGAUCCUAAUGGACAUGCGCUGGCGCUGGAUGCUGCUGGUCUUUUCUGCUUCUUUUGUUGUCCACUGGCUUGUCUUUGCAGUGCUCUGGUAUGUUCUAGCUGAGAUGAAUGGUGAUCUGGAACUAGAUCAUGAUGCCCCACCUGAAAACCACACUAUCUGUGUCAAGUACAUCACCAGUUUCACAGCUGCAUUCUCCUUCUCCUUGGAGACACAACUCACAAUUGGUUAUGGUACCAUGUUCCCCAGUGGUGACUGUCCAAGUGCAAUCGCCUUACUUGCCAUACAAAUGCUCCUAGGCCUCAUGCUAGAGGCUUUUAUCACAGGUGCCUUUGUGGCGAAGAUUGCCCGGCCAAAAAAUCGAGCUUUCUCAAUUCGCUUCACUGACUUGGCGGUAGUGGCUCACAUAGACGGCAAACCUAAUCUUAUCUUCCAAGUGGCCAACAUUCGACCUAGCCCUCUAACCAAUGUCCGGGUCUCCGCUGUUCUCUAUCAGGAAAAAGAAAACGGUGAACUCUACCAGACGAGUGUAGACUUCCACCUUGAUGGCAUCAGUUCUGAGGAAUGUCCAUUCUUUAUCUUUCCACUCACCUACUGCCACUCCAUCACACCAUCAAGUCCUCUGGCUACUCUGCUCCAGCAUGAAAACCCUCCCCACUUUGAAUUAGUGGUAUUCCUUUCAGCCAUGCAGGAAGGCACGGGAGAAAUAUGCCAGAGGAGGACAUCCUACCUACCCUCUGAGAUCAUGUUACAUCACUGUUUUGCAACUCUGCUGACCCGCAGUUCCAAAGGUGAAUACCAAAUCAAGAUGGAGAAUUUUGACAAGACCAUUCCUGAACUUCCAACUCCUCUGGUCUCUAAGAGCCCAAACAGGACUGACCUAGACAUUCGUAUCAAUGGACAAAGCAUUGACAAUUUUCAGAUCUCUGAAACGGGACUGACAGAGUAAGACUUAUCGAUGGCACCCUAUUUUUUAAUGUAUUAAAUAUACCCAAGCAGUUAUGCAGUUACUUUUUUGUCACUGUAUCUCAUGUUUUUCCUUUUUUUCAAUGCUGAUUACAUCUCUCUGAUUACAUCAUGGUAAUCAUGCCUGUGCCCACAAAGAAAGGCUGAGCUACUGAUACACAUUCUGCAAAUGUAACAUUCUACCUUACAAAGUCUGUAUCUGUGGUUAUCUGCUGAAAUCAAUGUGACUCAACUUGACAGAUACUUACACAGAAAUGAUGCAGAGGCAUUUGUAAGGAUGUGGUAUGAAACUAGUAAUGAAGGUAAAAUGGACAGGAAAGUUCAAUGACACAGCUGAAUUCUAAGAAAAUCAACCAGAGAGCUCUCAUUUUCAUCUGCAAAUUGAAGCAAUAGUCCGGUUUCAAACCUAGCUCCCUGGGUAGAAUGAUGAUUUCACAACAUUCAGUGAACAUCCUUAUAAAACUGUUCCUCUUUCAAGCCAACAAAGAUGAUUCCUUUGGUUCUUUAUACUACAACUUAGGGUAAGUAUUGCCUCCUUAAUGUAUAACAGCUAAAACCACAAACUUCUAAAAAAAAUGACAAGUAUACAUUUAUGCAGAACACUAAAAGCAUAUGAACAUGACAUCCAAACACAUGCACAUAUUAAUAUAUUUGUGGCAGAAAGUGACCCGAACAAAUUAAAGAUAAGCUCUAGCCCAAAUGAGACCUGCAGGGCAGUAUUUUUGGCAAGAAGAUACGAUAAUCACCUUUCAUCUGAGUGGCUACCAGCCCAAGAAAAAUAACCACUUCCUACCUUUGACCCAUUCAAUGGAAUAAAAAAUCAUGACAGCUCUAAAUAAUUUUUAAAUGGAAAAUAUAGUUAGGUUUUCACAGACAUAAAGGUUUAGUUAGUUAUAACUCAACUAGGAAAAAAUUCUCCAAUAAAUAAAGCAAAAAAUAAUUAGGCAACAAAGUACUUUCAAAUCCAAAUUCCUGUCUCCAACUUCAAAUAGUUUUUUCUAUAAACACAAAAUGAGUGUUUACUCACCAGUAGGAGGCUGGACUAGAUAAACUCUAUUAUUUCUUCCCAAAUCUAAAACUCCAUGAAAAUUAUGCUUUCUCUGCUUCAAUUUGUAUUAUAUAUAUUAAGAUGAGCCUUCUCCCUUAUAACCAGUUUAAUUUAAGAUUAUCUUAUGUAUAUUUUCAUUGCAAUUAAAGGGAAAAAAAUGUUACAAACUGUCCUCAAACAAAACAAGAACCAAAAACGUCACCCUAUCAGGUUUCAAACACAUUUGUAGCUGCUCUUAUUUUUCAAAAAUCUCCUUUUUUCAGAUUAUGUGGGAAAAGUAAAAGAUUAACCUUGCCUACUGGUUAGAAAAUGACCAGGCAGGAAACGUCUCUUAAGUAAAGACAAGGAGUUAUGAAUAGCAGAGUACAGCAGCAAGUCACAUUUUUUCUACUCUUUAACCAAAAGGAAAAGGAAAUAAAGAAAAACUGUGGAGUGGUAUAAGACCAAUAAUAAACAGAAGAACAUGGAGAGCACUGACAAUUAUUGUGGAACUUUUGCUGUUUAAAAAUCUUAGGUGUUCUUAAGUAGGAGCCAGACCAACAGAUUUUUUUUUUCCCAACCCA